AUGGGAUCCAACCUGAGCACGCUUGGACGGGAAGGAUACCGACGCAACACCGGGUUCGGCCGCAAGAUCGUCGAGACAUCGGUGAUCUACGCCAAGAUCGAGGCGCCCGCCUCCUCGCCGAUCUCAAGCCCGUCCUCGACCCAGGCCGAGGCACCCGAGUCUACCCAGGGCCGCGUCAACCAGUACCACAUCUAUCGCGAGAUCGGCUCGGGUGCGUACGGGCGGGUAAUGCUCUGCCGUAGCGAAGAAGACUCACGGUUCUAUGCCUGCAAAAUCAUCUCGAAGCUGCGGCUGCGGAAAAAGUUCCGAUGGCAAGGUGGCGGCCUCGGCGGCUGCAGCACCCCAGGCGGCACUGUCCAGCAAGAUGCCGCUCUGGCCACUGUGCGGCAAGAGAUUGCCAUUCUGAAGAAGAUAUCAAAGCACAACAACAUCAACGGACUUGUGGAGGUGCUUGACGACCAGAAGGAGGACAAUCUGUAUCUAAUCUUUGACCUCUGCGAGUACGGGCCGAUCAUGCACAUGGCCGUCAACAGCCGAGUGCGACCGUUCGCCGAGAAUCUGGCGCGGGAGUUGUUCCGCGACGUGGUGCUUGGACUCGAGUACUUGCAUUUUCUCAAGAUCAUUCAUCGGGACCUGAAGCCCGAGAACUUGCUACUCCGGGCCGAUAUGACGCUACAGAUCUCGGACUUUGGCAUCUCGUACAUGUGCAUGGACAGCGGGGGCGGCGACGACGAAGAAGAUGUUGUCCUGGAUCAGAAAAAUGCCUCGCCGCUGUUUACUUCUCCUGAGGCAUGCAUGCCCGAAACCCGAGAAAUCAGCGGCAAGGCCGUCGACAUUUGGUCGCUCGGGGUCACGCUGUUCUGCUUUGUGCACGGAUACUGCCCGUGGGAGGACGACAAUGUGCUCCAGCUGUACGGCAAGAUCGUCAACGAUCCGCCCGUGAUCUCGAGCCACUACUGCUCAAAGGAUCUCCAGGAUCUGCUCACCCAGAUGCUCCAGAAGGACCCCGGCGCCCGCAUUACACUCAAGGAGAUACGUGACCAUCCGUGGGUGACCAAAUCCGGGGACCUCCCGAUGAUGACGACGGAGGAAAACUGUCAGUUCGAUCCAGUCACGGAGGAGGAGAUUGAGAAUGCAGUCAAUCCGUCUGUGACGUUUGUGACCAAGAUCAUGAACAAGCUGCGAGGCAAGCGCAACUCGAACGGGCAAGUGCUCAGCGAAUCGCAGGGCCGGUUACCGCAAAAGCAAAAGUCGUUCCACCACUCGACCCCGGUGAUGUCGCAGCGUGGCGGCACGCUCGGGCGAAACGGACUGCUGCCAUCCGGGGCGCAUUUCAGCAACAGCUCGAUCCAGAUCUCACCUUCGGUCGAGAGCCUGACCUCGGCCAACGGCAACUCGACUGGCGGAUUUGGCAGCCUGUGGAAGCGACGGGCAAAGUCUUACAACCCUGGCGGCAGCGGAUCGGGAGCCGGCUCGGCGGGAUGUGGCAGUCUGCCCAGCAGUCGGCCAAUCACGCCGCUGCCGGUGCUUCCGCCUCCGUUGGCCAUACCGCCUGUGACGACGCAGCCUUCGAUACCACUACUCGUGCCGAUGAGCCCCAAGAGCAGCGGCGGACGAGAGAAUGCCGGCAUGCCGUAUCUGCGCGGGAUGAGCAGUUUCUCGACAUCGAGCCGGAGACUCGGAGAGAUCCAGCCGGUCGUGACGGAGCGCAACGGCAGCGAAUACGGCACGCCGAAGCGGACGGACUCACAACGAGACAACAGAAUGGGGCUCGAAGACGGGGGACACAUGGUCCCAGAGCCGGCACAGGACCGCGAGAACGGGGGUGGACAGCGGUCUGGAUCGCUGAUAUCGCUGCCGUAGCAGACGAGCGAGGCGGGGCCUGUGGCAUGAUGCAGAUGGUACUUGCAGCUCGGUGCACGGCACUUGAGGCUUGAGACCUGAGACCUUGCCUCUGAACACGGAUGUUGUUCGUUCC